CCCUAAGAUGCAAACAACUGCAAGAAAACGUCAGAAAGCUGAACGCAAUGAAAUACUCAUACACGGAUAUGAGGAGCGAAGCCUUGGACGUAACAGAACUUCUGAAGCCAAACUUACUGAUUACGAAGAUAGACCUCACGAUGCCAAUAGAUUAAUUCUGACGGAGGAUGCUAACGGAUGCAUUAAUAAAUCAGUGUCGGGACCACGUGGAACCACGAAAUCACAAAAUGAAUUGCAACGAACGUCGACAGAAAAGAGAUUUUCAACGCUGGAGAAGAAUAUAGAAAAAUUAGAGAAAAAGUUUGCGAUGUUAGCAGAUCGGUUUGUUGCGUUUGAAAAACAGAUAUCUUUGUUACUCAUUCCUGCUGGUUACGACACGCUGUUUGCAAUGAGUGGAAGAAGCAUUGAAAACCCCGAUACCAAUCUGACAACUGUGAAAAAUAACACGAAUUCAAAAACCAUUGUCGAUGAAGCUAUUGAAGAGAAAUGGUCGAUGGAGAUUCAACAAAAUUUAGUUGAAGAAAUUGAAUGUUGCUUGAUGGUAGGAAGGAAAUCCAAGGCAAACUUUUGCUUACGCACUCUUAAAUUAAUGAUGGCGUCACCGAGUGGGCCAUGUACGGAUGACGUCAUGAAAACAUGUGACGAUUACGUAGAUAGCUCAUCUUAUAUUCGAGCUUUAAUCUUACUACAAUGUGUUUCAAAUUUGUAUAAAAUUGAUGCUGAUCCGACCAAGGCGAUACGAGGGAUCAAUGAGUGCAAUCACAAAAUUAUGCAAAUUAUUGGAAGACUAGUACAGCAAGGCGGAAGCAUGUUACCAAUAGCUAGGAGUUUUGGAAUUGGGUGUAUUGAAAAACUUCUGUAUGACUUGAGAAGUGUCACUGGGAUAGAUGUAUAUAUCAAAGUACUUUAUGAAGCACUAAGUUUGAAUAAUAUUGGAUACAGCUGCGAUGAUGUAGGAGAAUAUAGAAAAGCGAUUGAGUUUUAUAAAGAAGGAAUGAAUAUACUAAGCGAACAAUUUAAAUCCGAUGCCAACAAAUAUAGAGUGUUUGGAGAUUUGCACAAUAAUUCUGGAAUCUCUUAUUAUAACCUUGGAAACAGCGAAGAAGCUAAAAAAUUCUAUUUAAUAGCCUUAGAAUGUUACAAAGAAGCUAACGAUUGGGAGAAUGUUGAUGUUAAAGAGGAAGAAACAAGUAUUGCGAUGAAUAAUUUGGAAAUGGUAGAGGAACUCGUUGGAAAGAAAAAUGCCUAAGAACCAAACGGAUAUAUAAUGUCAAGUCUUAAAGUAGUUUGAAUAUUCGAUUCGAAAUGCCCAGCCUUAAUUAUGAGUUCGGGAACUGUCUGUGUUAGUCAAGUGAAUAUACCCUCGCAGUACCUUUACCCAACUUCAUGUCAAGUAGGCCAACAAAAUUAGUUACCACCAUAUUGGUACACAUGCUUCUGGAGCUCCAUUUUUUCUAUGUGCUGGGAUUAGGUAAAGCAGUGAUUUCCAAUCUUUUUCGUUGAAUUCCUCACUUCGCCUAUUUUAGAACUCUGUAUCCCCCUCACUAUGCAUAUGAAACUACUUUAUUUGUUUAUAUUCAAAGCUCUUUAUCUAGUGUUAUGCACGAAUCGCACUUCCGCUUUUUGUAGUUUAAUUAAGUAGUUUAUAUUAUGUGCACAAUUAGAUAUUAUAGUAAUAAUAAAGGACUGAAGUAUAUUAGGAAUACUACAACAUAUACAAAUCAAAGUCCU